AUGUGUAGCCUGAGUGCUGUGGAGAAGCUCGAAGCGGACGUUGUGGUCAAUGCGACGUAUCCGCUUCAACGACGAGAUGACGGAGUGCUCCGUAUGUGGAAGAGGUACCAUGUGGUGUAUGUGGCCGGUGCUGCUGUCGUCGUCACCUCGGCUGCUACCAUUGUUCUCGCAUUGGCUGGUGCUGUUCUUGAGUUUUACUUUGUCCUCGUCCUUGCUGCUCUCCUCAUGUCCAUCAUUGCUCUGGUGGCAUACAAGGACAUUCGAUACCUGACCAUUGCUCCCUUGGAUGGUUGGUACUCGUUUGAACUCUCGUCAAAGUCGGCGCCCAUCGUCAAGGCUCCGCUACACAACGUUUAUCUUCGCAUUGAGCGGCAGACGGGCUUCUCGGGGAAGACCUACUAUGUUCUGGUACUCAAUGGCUACAUGAUGGACAAGUUCAUUCUCUCGGCCGCCGUGCCCUCGUCAGACGUUGACGAUCUCCGCAAGAUCGCAAACGUCCUCGCGUACAACAUAGGCAUCAACUACUUUGACGUCGCUAACAUUUCCAGGCUCCACACUGUCCGCCAUCACCGCCCCAAAGCAGACAACCCGCUGCGUGCUACCCUGCCGCUUGGCAUGUGA